CAGGUAGACAGGUGUGCGCGAGCUGCACCAACACUUCACCGCGAUUAAUGUAUUUUGAAACGAAUAUAAAACGAGAUUUGGACCGGUCUCUCUUUCUGCAUAUCGCUGGCGACGUACAUACACACAUACACACACGCAGCUAUAUUACACACGUGUGUGUACGCGUAUCGCACAUGCACAUCGGCGCCACCCGUCAGAACGCGCGUUCUUGCUCAAGGAGCCUUUUUCGACGCAUUUUUCGUGGCCUCAACUCAAUCGCAGUAUCGUUCGCGACUCGUCUUUGAUAGCAAGAUCAUCCCGCUCGCGCGAGAAAAGUGCGAUCUACAAAGUGCGCGCAAUCGUAACGAUAACAACAAGCAUGACAAAGAUGCAGGGUCUAGCACCGAAGACCAUCAAGUUCUUGAUGUUUGCUUUCAACUUGCUCUUCGUGAUUACAGGAAUAGUGCUGUUAUCAAUCGGCUUAAUCAUCCAUGGAGUGUAUCAUGAGUAUCAACAUUUCCUUGACAAUAGUUUCUUCUCCGUACCUUCUCUUCUCAUAGCCAUAGGCUCUAUUAUCUUUGUUAUCGCCUUUUUCGGAUGCUGCGGAGCCGUUCGCGAAAGCCACUGCAUGAUCAUAACGUUCUGCUCGCUUCUAGCCAUGAUCUUUAUCCUGGAAAUCAUAGGCGGUACGAUGGGAUACGUGAUGAGGUCGCAGGUCGCAACGGUCGCCAAAAACAAGAUGAUGGAGACGAUGUCCAAUUACAAUGACAGCGGGGAGAUUCAAUACGUUUGGGACAAUCUGCAACGAGAUUUUGAGUGCUGCGGAACGAACAACGCUUCCGACUGGACGAAUCUGAAGGAACCUUUGCUGGGCAUCCCGAUGUCGUGCUGCGAUGAAGUAAUAGGAGCUGUCGGCAAGACAAAUUGUACUCUAGAAUCACCGAAGCUGCAUCACCGAGGUUGCAUAGACGCAUUUGCCCAUUUUGCGGAGAAACACGCCAACAAAAUAGCGGGUGUCGGAUUGAGUCUUGGUGCAAUUCAGCUGAUAGGAAUCUUUCUGUCAUCCUAUCUAGCCAAGUCAAUCCGGAAUUGUUACCAGACCAUGUAGAGUGCCAUGCAAAUGCCAAGCGCGCCAAACUUAUUGUUAGUGUGUUAAUAUUUUUAGAUUAGAAUUAGAUGACAGCCAAGUUUUCCGGCCAGGAUUUCCAUUAAGAUACAGAACUGUAAUAUGCCUAAUGGAAAUAUCGAUCUGAUGUGACAUGAAUACAUUGUUUAUCAUUGUGUAAGAGUGAUAAACUAUUUUUGCUACGCAUUAUGUAUGUGAUCGCGAUAUGAUUUCACAUCGCGCAUAUUUUUAAUAAAAUACUUUACGUCGUUAAAUAUUUUUGUGAUGAUUGCGUUUAUUAACUCUUGUAUACUUGAAAUAUGCGAUAUAAACUCCUAGUUUAUCAUUAUUCUUAUAUUUUUACGAACAUGUGACAUACAAUCAUUUGUUUUAUAAAAAAAAUGCGGUAAUUCUUCGGUUAGGUUUUUAUUCGAAACAGUUUUUGCGACUUGUAAAUUACAGAAAUAAAAGAAGUCGAACACUA